GCCCGCCCGUUGCAUGCUGGGCGUCGUUGUUCUCACAGCCGCCUCCCCGGCAGAAGGGGCGCGGUGCUGAGGCCCGCGGAAGUGCCCUCUGCCUCCUCGCGUCGCUUCACGCCUGAGCCGCCCCCCCCCCCCCCCAGGGCCGCUCCCCGGGCGGCGUCAACGAGCGAGGUGCUGCUGCCGAAGCUCCGCCUGUUUCAGCCAUGUCUGACAAAAGUGAACUGAAGGCGGAGUUGGAGCGCAAGAAGCAACGAUUAGCUCAGAUCAGAGAGGAAAAGAAAAGAAAAGAGGAAGAGAGAAAGAAGAAAGAAACUGAUCAGAAGAAAGAUGUUCUUCCUGUACAAGAAGAAUCUGAUCUUGAAAAGAAGAGAAGAGAAGCUGAAGCAUUACUUCAGAGCAUGGGGCUGACACCUGAAUCUCCCGUUGUCCCUCCUCCUACCUCUCCGUCUUCCAAAUCUGUGAGUACGCCAAGUGAGGCUGGAAGCCAGGACUCUGGUGAUGGCGCUGUUGGAUCUAGACGUGGACCUGUUAAACUUGGAAUGGCCAAAAUUACACAAGUUGACUUUCCUCCUCGAGAAAUUGUUACAUAUACAAAGGAGACACAAACACCGGUUAUGACUCAGCCAAAGGAAGAUGAGGAAGAUGAAGAUGAUGUGGUUGCACCAAAGCAAUUAGUUGAACCUGAGGAAGAAAAAACAUUAAAAAAGGAGGAGGAGGAGGAAGCUGCCCCUCAUGAGCUUACGGAGGAAGAAAAACAACAAAUUUUGCAUUCUGAAGAAUUUUUAAGUUUCUUUGACCACUCUACGAGGAUUGUUGAAAGAGCCCUUUCUGAGCAAAUCAAUAUUUUCUUUGACUACAGUGGAAGAGACUUAGAAGACAAAGAAGGAGAGAUUCAAGCAGGAGCAAAGCUAUCCUUAAACAGGCAGUUUUUUGAUGAACGUUGGUCAAAGCAUCGUGUUGUCAGUUGUUUGGACUGGUCGUCUCAGUACCCAGAAUUACUUGUAGCCUCUUACAACAACAAUGAGGAUGCACCUCAUGAGCCUGAUGGAGUGGCCCUUGUGUGGAAUAUGAAGUACAAGAAAACUACCCCAGAGUAUGUCUUUCACUGCCAGUCAGCAGUGAUGUCAGCUACAUUUGCAAAAUUUCAUCCCAAUUUGGUGGUUGGUGGCACAUACUCAGGCCAAAUAGUGCUAUGGGAUAAUCGCAGCAAUAAGAGAACCCCAGUGCAGAGAACUCCGCUUUCAGCUGCUGCUCACACGCACCCAGUGUACUGUGUAAAUGUUGUUGGGACCCAGAAUGCUCAUAACCUGAUCAGUAUCUCAACCGAUGGGAAGAUAUGCUCUUGGAGUUUAGACAUGCUUUCCCAGCCACAGGAUAGCAUGGAGCUGGUUCACAAACAGUCCAAGGCUGUGGCUGUUACUUGCAUGUCCUUCCCCAUUGGAGAUGUCAACAACUUUGUUGUUGGAAGUGAAGAAGGCUCAGUCUACACUGCAUGCCGCCAUGGCAGCAAAGCUGGAAUCAGUGAGAUGUUUGAAGGACACCAGGGACCAAUCACAGGUAUUCAUUGCCAUGCAGCAGUUGGACCUGUAGACUUCUCGCAUCUCUUUGUCACUUCUUCUUUUGACUGGACAGUAAAGCUUUGGACAACUAAGAAUAACAAACCUCUCUACUCAUUUGAAGACAACUCAGACUAUGUUUAUGAUGUUAUGUGGUCUCCAACUCACCCUGCCUUGUUUGCCUGUGUGGAUGGGAUGGGCAGGCUUGACCUGUGGAAUCUCAACAAUGACACUGAGGUGCCAACUGCGAGCAUUACUGUGGAGGGCAAUCCUGCUCUGAACCGUGUGAGAUGGACACACUCUGGGAGAGAGAUUGCUGUAGGUGAUUCAGAGGGACAAAUAGUUAUAUACGAUGUGGGAGAGCAAAUUGCCAUUCCUCGCAGCGAUGAGUGGACUCGAUUUGGUCGAACGCUGGCAGAAAUAAAUGCCAACAGAGCUGAUGCGGAAGAGGAAGCUGCAACCCGCAUACCAGCAUAGACCGUUAAAGAUGGGCAGCAGUGGUAGACUUGUGAAUGAUUUGAUGCAAAUCUUAAAAGUGUAAGCAUGUGUCAGUUCAAGUAAUAGUUUAAGGCAGGAAUAGGUGGAUUCAGCUAUGGACUUUGAAAAUGUGUUAAUAUCACUGAAAUUCAGGUCUUACGUUGUCACUUUUUAUAUACAAAUUACAAGCACAUUCUUGGAUUUGUGUAACUUUUAAUACAGUUAACUUUUGACUUUGCAAGGAACUUCUUUUGCUGAAACACUAACUUGGUGUAAAUUUGCUGUUAGGCUAAUGAAAUUUCCACUUUGUAACGGUAUAUUUCUGAAAAGUAGAAAUUCUGUUUCUAAACUAAACUUUAUAUAUGACACAGACUAACCUUCAUGAGGUAUUAAAUUUCUGAAGGGUUCUUUAAUUCAAACUGCCUAUGAAUAUGCAUGCAUAUAUUCCAAGUAAGUUUUAUUGCUUAUAGAUAACCCUCAGACUCUGGUAGCUAGUAAUAGAAGUGAAUAAAAAUUCGUCUGUAGUUACAAACCUAUUUGAUAAUUGGACCUGAAUUAAUGAAAUACAUAUUUAAUACUAAGUUCUUUUGUUCAAACUGGUGCAUUAAAGGGUUAGACUGAUUAAUAAAUAAAUAUUAUAUGAGCA